AUGGGCAACGCCAACGGCAGCGGCAGCGGCAGCGUGUCGACCAUCAUCACCACCACAAAGACCGCCUCGGCGUCGACGACCGACUCGCUGCUGCCGCGCAUCCUGACCGACGACCAGCCGCUGCCCCGGCUCGUCAUCUUCGACCUCGACUACACCCUGUGGCCCUUCUGGGUCGACACCCACGUCACCCCGCCCCUCAAGGCCGUCCCCGGCUCCGCCAACGCCGCCGCCCAGGACCGCACCGGCGAGCACUACGCCUUCUACUCCGACGUCCCCAAGAUCCUCUACACCCUGCCCCUCGCCGGCAUCCGCCUCGGCGUCGCCAGCCGCACCCACGCCCCCGACCUCGCCCGCGACAUGCUCAAGCUGCUCUACGUCCCGCCGCCCUCGCUGCAGUCCUCGGCGUCCCAGCAGCAGGCAGGCGGCGAAGACCUCGUCGAGGCGUCCCCGUCCAAAUCCAACAACAGCAGCGGCGGCAAGAAGGAGAAGGCGCGGCGGGCGCUGGACUUCUUCGAUGGCGGCCUGGAGAUCUAUCCCUCCAGCAAGAUACGGCACAUGGAGGCGCUGGCGAAGCGCACGGGGAUUCCCUUCACCGAGAUGCUCUUCUUCGACGACGAGGCGCGCAACCGCGACGUCGAGACGCUGGGCGUGACCAUGUGGCUGGUGCGGGACGGCGUGUCGUGGAACGAGGUCGAGAAUGGCGUCAGGGAGUGGCGGCGGAGGAGAGGAUACGGAAGCGGAGGAGGCGGCGACGAGAGGAGGAGGACGGGUGGGCAGGACAUGGCGCACAAUUUUGCCCAGUCGAGAGGUUGA